AUGAAACGACUUACAAACUACAUUCUGUCAAAACUUUCAAAAUACCCCUUCAAAAAGUAUCCUUCAAACACUCUGCUCGUUUGUGACGACUUCGCCGGAAAAGGUUUAGUGUCAAAAGCAGACUCACCAUUAGCUAACAUCAUAACUAAAGUCAGACAUUACCAUUUAACUGUAGCAAUACUUAUGCAAACAUGGCGUUUCCUUGCUUUAAACAUAAAACGUCUCAUAACUGACUUCGUUAUCUUUCAAGGUUUCUCACGUUAUGACAUUGAACUCAUUUGGAAACAGUCAGGUAUAACAUUACCUUUUGAAGAAAUUUGGGAAGCAUAUAAGUCUCUCAUCUCUCCUCGUUCAUACCUUGAGAUUCAUAUCAUGACUAAUACCAUUAAAGUCAAAAAUAUUCCAUGGGAACGACCAACAUUGUUUUAA